AUGGAGGCGGAAGGAUCGAAGAAGGCGAGGGUCUAUGAGGUGGAUGAGUUGCUGAAGAAUCUCAAGCUGAGCGAGGCGGAGCGAGAGGGGGUGUUCUUGGCAAAGGAGGAUCGUGAGAGUUUGCCGGAGGUAAAGUGGAUGGCUGUCGGGCGACUCCUGACGGUGAGGGGUUUCAGCGAGCAAUCAUUGGAGAAGACGCUGAGGGCGGCAUGGAAUCCCGCGAGGGAGGUAUCGUUCAGAUCGAUCGAGCAGAAUCUGUUCCAAGUGCAAGCACACUGCGUGGGAGAUUGGAACCGCAUCAUGGAGGAUGGUCCGUGGCUCUUUCGGGAGUGCGCGUUCAUGGUUGAGAAGUUCUAUGGGGCAACCCCGACACCAUCGGUGUUGCCAAACAGGGUCCAGGCAUGGAUCCAGAUUCAUCGUAUCCCACCAAUGUAUCGUACGGAGGCAAUACUGAAGCAGUUGGCAGCUAGGGUUGGUGAAGUUGAUCGGGUGGAAGCGAAGGUGGUGUCCUUCGGCAAUGGAUAUUUCCACAGAGCUCGUGUCAAGCUGACUGCGGAUAAACCUCUGCCUAGGGUGGUCACGUUUACACCGGAGGGAUGUGAGAGCAUGAUGUUUGUGGUGAUGUAUGAGAAGCUACCCAAGUUUUGCAAUUUCUGUGGCAAGAUGGGUCAUGAACACAUGGAGUGUGGGACGGGGGAGUAUGCUGGUACUGAUUUGCAGUUUGGGAACUGGAUGCUCGCGUCGGAAGCGUCGUGGCACCCGAGCACACCGAGGGUUCACUGGGAGAAGAGGAGGCAGGAGUCGCCCUCCUACGAGUUGUGGACGGGAUGGGAGGGUCUGGGUGGGAAGUCGAGCUUUGAAAAGAUGCCACCAUGGAAACGUAAUUCAGGAGAAGCUGGCCUGGACAAUGGUAAGGGGAACGCGCUGGAGGACUCAGCGACGAGUCCGCUCAAGCCGCUGUUGGAGGGGGUUGAAAAGAGUGCAGACAAGACAGGAGCACAAAGGCAUUUGAACCUGAAUGACGUCGAUCUGGCGUUGGUGGCUAUCCCUCUGCCACCGCCUUAG